CGAGGCGUUGAAUUCACGUUCCUACCAUACAGUGUAAACAUGUUAACUGAUUCGCCUACCAUCUUCAGUUUAAUGUUUAACAUGAUAAACAAACCAAAUUAGGAAAUAAAAUAAAACGCCAGUGAGCUAAAUAGCGAAAGAUCUAUUUGUUCCUGGGGAGGGUCGCCAAAUAUUAUGGUCGGGAAAUGAGUAUUGACGGAACCGAGUUGCGACGCGGCGACUCAUAAAGCAGUCGUAUUUGAGAUUCCGACUGCUGGUAGUGUUUCACCUGCCUCAAUUUCCAUACACUGUGAGACGCUGCCUGGCGACUCCCUCCCUCUCUCCCCCACAAGAUGGAGGCUCGGGAGGACAGAGAAAUGAACAUGCAAAAACGUCACCGGUCACGCAACUUCACCAAGUACGAGAAGGAGGUGUUCUACUCUGUGUUCAGCCAGUACGCCGCCACCAUCAACGACAAGCGAUCCUCCGUCGACACCAUCAGGGAUGCGUGGAACCGCUUACUGCUGGAGUACAACAGUCAACACAACGUUUACCCCAGGACUCGCAGACAACUACAGGUGUUGUGGCGCGAUGAGAAGUUCCGGGCCAAGAAGCGCGUCAGGAGGGAACGGGUGAGUUCAGUUCAGCACUUCCUCCUCUUUAGGUUAUGGUCCCAGGUGUAGUAAUAAUGGAAUCUGUGAAUCAUGUCACCUUC